UAAUGACAGGGGUGACACACCGCAGGAGCAAUUGGCAAAGGCCACCGCUUCUGUGAUGGGAACCUGGCCGGACCUGAUACAACAUUUCGGCCAGCCCCUCAUGUUCCCCUGGUUCAUUCUAAAGCAGGCCUUGGUGCUGCACAGCCUCCCUGUCAAACACCCAGUGGGCCAAGUAAGAAGUCUUUGGGUGGAGCUGGAGAGACUAGAGCCUACAGAGGCACAGUGGGAAGAACCACUUAAAGAGCUCAACCACACCCCAGAGCUGGUGGAAGGGCCUGCUCCUGGGCUAGAGCCUGGUCCUGGUGUGAGAGUGGUGGAGCAAUGUGGACCACCAGCUCUGAUCCGAAUGCCAACAACAGAGCCAGCUCCAUCCCCAACAACUGACUACCCCAGGGCUGUGACCCCUAAGGAGGAGAAGCUUCCCAUCCUCACCUUCCCUCCAAGACUGGUGGCCGAGCAACUAACAUCAAUGGAUGCAGAAUUGUUCAAGAAGGUUCUGCCCCACCAGUGCCUGGGCUCUGUCUGGUCACAGAGGACCGAGCCUCGCAAGGGGCACCUGGUAUCCACUGUCCGUGCCACUGUCAAUCAAUUCAACCACGUGGCUACCUGUGUGAUCACCACCUGCCUUGGGGACCCAAGCUUGAUGGCCCAGGACAGGGCCAAAGUGGUGGAACAUUGGAUAAAGGUAGCCAAGGAGUGCAGAAGCCUAAGGAAUUUUUCCUCCCUGCACGCCAUCCUGGCCGCUCUACAGAGCGUUUCCAUCGUUCGUCUGCAGGAGACGUGGGGGAAAGUUUGCAGGAGGCGCGCAGUUACAGUUAAAAAACUCUUCAAGGAAGACAGCUCGUUGAGCAGGAAACAGUUCAUCAAGCAGCCCUCCAGGUUUGCCACUAUGAUGCUCCACCUCCGAGGAUCCAGGAAGGGGCUGCACAAGAAGUGUGUUCCCUUCCUGGGAGAAUACCUGACACUUCUGCGGAGGAUGGACGCGAGGAGAAAAGAUGAUAUGGAGGUGGACAAAAUUCUGCAGGAGAUAGUGGUGCUUCAGGAGGCUGCCCAAAAAUAUGAAAUCCAACCUCAGCAGGAAUUCCGGGCCUGGUUCUGGGCCCUGGAGCGGCUCAGUGAGAAUGAUAGUUACAUCCGGUCCUGCCAGCUGGAGCCAUAGACCUAGGUGGCCAGGGGAAAACUGAUCGAAGAAAUUCAUUGGAUUUCUGCAGAUGUGGAAAUUAUUCUGAACGUUAUAGCAGUUUCAUACACUAAAUGGGAACUAUAUUUUAAAAUUUACCCUUUCAA